UUUGUCGUCCGUCGAUAAAGAACGGUCGAUACAAGCACUGCAGUGGACGUUUGUAAACACUGUAGCGGGAAGGAGUGUGAUUGUUUAAAUGCCAGCGUAUCCUAAUCAAAAUGCCUGGUGCUGUCUUACGAUGCAAGCAGCUGGCCAGUGUAAGGAGGUUAUGCUAUUGUAAACCAAUACAUGUUGGGAAAUUUCUCAAACAGUAUUCAACACCAUCUAGUGCGAGAUUGGAGACAUUGAUUAAGCCUGAGUUGGAUGUAGACUAUCUGUGUAAUGCAGAUAACAAAACAGAAAUUGAAAAUAAUAUAAGGAACCGGAAAGGUGUUGGUAAUAUUAACCGCGUUCUUGAGUUGCAUAAACGAAUUAGUUCACUGUCGCGUGACAGAGAAGAUGAACUGCAAGAACUGAGAAAAGAAUUUGAAGAAGAAGCCUUGCUCAUACCUAACAAGUCCUUCCCUUCCUUGUCACAGUACGGCGAAGAGCCGAAAGUUCUUAAUCUUCAGGGAGUGAAACCUAGUUUCCCGUUCAAGGCGAAAGAAUUCAGUGAAAUCACCAUACAGAAUCGGACUUUGCGAACGGAAAAUUUGGCCGUAUUUACUGGACACAGAGGCUACUGCUUUAGUGGACAGCUUGCAGAACUUGAACAAGCUCUUGUUCGAUACACCGUGAGGGAACUGUUAUCGAGAAAUUUUAAGCUAAUUUCAGUCCCAGACAUCUUGCCAAGAGAAGUAAUUGAAGGCUGUGGAAUGAACACGAGGGGAGAACGUACGCAGGUAUUCUCAUUGGAUGCACAGCUACAUGGUGAAGAUCUGUGUUUAUCUGGAACAUCAGAGAUGGCCCUUGCUGGCUACCUGGCAAAUGCAGUAUUUGAAGAGACUGCAUUACCUGAGAAGCUUGCAGCGGUGAGCAGGUGCUAUAGAGCUGAAACAUCAAGCAUUGCAGAAGAAAGGGGAAUUUAUAGAGUGCACCAGUUUACCAAAGUGGAAAUGUUUGCUGUGACAAAUCAAACAAGCUCAGCUGAGCUUAUGUCAGAAUUUUGUCACUUACAAGAACACCUCUUCUCAUCACUGGGACUGCAUACUCGUACACUUGACAUGCCUCCACAUGAGCUGGGAGCUGCUGCAUAUCGUAAGCAUGACAUUGAAGCUUGGAUGCCUGGUCGCAAUGCCUGGGGUGAGAUUUCAAGCUGCAGCAACUGCACUGACUACCAAACACGGCGCCUGAAUGUUAGAUACAAGCCAACAGGUGUGCCAGAUUGUACCAUCCAUGCACAUACUGUGAAUGGAACUGCGUGUGCUGUACCUCGGAUGCUUAUAGCUAUAAUUGAAACGCAUCAACAACAUGAUGGGACUGUCAUCAUUCCAGAGCCUUUGCAGCCAUUCAUGAGGGGCAGCACUUGCAUUGGGAAACAAGAUUUAAUACCUGCCAUGCAGUUUAUCAGGAAAAGGGAACUGACUGAGAAAGGCUGAAAGAGAUAUCUAAAGUCACUCUGCUUCAAAUGUUUUCAUUAAUAUUCCAAAGAUACAUUCAAAAAUUAUAUCUUAGAAGCUUUUAUUGAAUAUUGUAGUGAGCAUUUUAUUAUUUGCGGGAUAAGUUAAAUCACAGAAGUACAAGGCUUCUCACGCUGGAAGUAUAUAGCCUAUUAAUCUUCAGCAGAACUUAAGUUAUGUUCAGUGCAUAUUUCUGAGAUAUUAAAAAUAUUUUUGUGAUGGAGAAGCGUGGGUCAUACAGUAAAUUUGAAGUACCUCCAUAUGUUUGCUGCAAUAAUGUUCACUCUUCCUAAUUAUUCAUGAAGCCAGAAAGUGGUAACCAUAAGGAACCAGACCUGAUGGGAGAGGAUAUGUGGACCACCUGCCGACUUUUCAUUUCUUGCACAAUAAGUGUUUGUUCUUACAUUUGUAAAUUGGUGGUAUAGUUUUAAAUUGGAUGCAGUAUUCAUUCCUUUGUGAAGAGAUAUUCAAGGAUGUAAAACAUGCCAGGGAAGGUAAAUACACAGCACAUAUUUACAAAAAUAAAACUAAUAUGCUAAUGUUCCUUUCAUAGACCUGAGUGAGCGUGUCCUCUUGGAUAUGAAAAUAAGUAAAAAUAAUAUACAUUUUUUCCAUUUACAUAUUAAUUAAAAAGCUUACCAUUAUCAUUUAAAUGCAUUUCCCGCCAGUUGUGCAAUCGGAAAUGAAUUUUUCUCCAUCACGGGUCUAGUAAUACAAGGGCCUGUGCCAAGCCCUGUCUCGCCAGAAACUAAGUCCCACUACCUUAACAGCUUCUUUAAGCAGUUG